UGUCCAUAUUAGGAAACUGGCAUAAAGUAAUUCAUCUGGUCAAUUAAUUUGGACGUUUUUUUCUAAACACAGUUGUAAGUAACCAGUCACUGAGGCAGCCAGCCAAUCGUAGAUUUAGUCAGUCAGCUGAACAGCAAGUCAAACAAUCUUUUUGACAGUCAGUCACUCAGUGAGUCAGUCAGUUAUUCCGCCAAGCAGCUCCUCAGCUAGUCCACCUGUAACACAUCCAGGCAAUCAGUCUGUCUCACAGCUAGUAAAUUACCCCAUUAACCAGCCAGUCAACCAGUGACCCUUGAUCGUAUUUGAUAUUGGAAUGCAGUUGGGAAAAAAAAACCCUAGUGGCUGCAUUCUCAGGGAAAUUGAUUGGUUUAAUUGAUUGUGAUUGCCUGUUGUUUACAGUCCAAAACAAAAAAGCACACAGAGCUGUCAAGGGCACAGACAGAGACAAAGACAGCAACUGGAAAUGUGAAGUGGCAGCAAUGAAGGGCAAAGCUUAUGUUUGCUGCUUGCCUGCCUGCCAGCAGAGUGUGGACAGGACUCUCCAGUGCGCCCUGUGCCCAGGAGGGGCGGGGUGGGUGGCAGAGCAGGGACAGAGGGAGAGAGGAGGGCAGGACUGGCAGGGUGCGGUCUGAAGUGGCAACAGAUCGUUUUGGAUCACUCAAAUCCCUUCAAUUCAACUGGAAAGCUGCAGCUCGUUGCGCGCCGGCCGCAUAUGGAGAGGAAAAGCUUUCAAUCCAGAGAGGGCACCAACCAAACAGCAGGCGAAAGUGGCUGAUGUUGUGACAGUUUCCCAGAGCAAAAGAAAGAGAGGGAGAGAAACCACAACACUGCAACUUGGAUAUCAGUAACCGCUCUCUCUCUUUAACUCUCUCACCCACCGAAUCGACUUUGAACCUGUUUGUUUAAAUACACGGACUUUACAGCCUGCACACAUACUGUUGAUUCUGUAAGGCGGAGGGAGCGAAGUUUCUCAAUUUGGGUCUUUAUUUUUUUGUUUUGUUGUUGGAGCCGCUAAACUUUUCGGUGUCCUCAUGGUGCCCGGUGCAGCCGAGGUGCUGAGCUUCUUUUAUCCGAGUUUUUCGGACGUCAUGUUGCGACUGUCACGGACGAUGGAGUCGGGUACUGAACCGGGGAGGUACUGAAGACAUCUCUCUCCCCAGGGAGAGUUCUCCCUCCCCUCCCCCCCCUCCCUCCGGGGCGAUGCGGAUCUCCUUCUUCCUUCUCACCGCCUCUCUGUGUGCCUUGGUCCUCCUCCUCGCACCUGCCUCGGAGGGCUGCGGGCCGGGGAGGGGGUACGGCAAGAGGCGGCCCCCGAAGAAGCUCACACCGCUCGCCUACAAGCAGUUCAGCCCCAACGUCGCCGAGAAGACCCUGGGAGCCAGCGGGAGACCCGAGGGCAAAAUAACGCGCAACUCCGAGCGCUUUAAAGAACUGACGCCGAAUUACAACACAGACAUAAUCUUCAAAGAUGAGGAGGACACGGGCGCCGACAGGCUCAUGACCCAGCGUUGUAAAGACAAGUUAAACUCUCUGGCCAUCUCUGUGAUGAACAUGUGGCCAGGUGUGAAGCUGAGGGUGACAGAGGGCUGGGAUGAGGACGGCCAUCAUUCAGAGGACUCGCUGCACUAUGAGGGACGCGCUGUCGACAUCACCACAUCAGACAGGGACAGAAAUAAGUACGCCAUGUUGGCCCGGUUAGCUGUAGAAGCUGGAUUUGACUGGGUCUACUACGAGUCCAAAGCCCACAUUCACUGUAGCGUCAAGUCAGAACAUUCUGUGGCAGCCAAAACUGGUGGUUGUUUCCCUGGCGAUGUGCAGGUCAUUCUAGAGGGCGGGGCUACUAAACAGAUGCGCGACCUUCACCCUGGUGACCGUGUCUUAGCUUCCUCAACAGAAGAUGGCCACGGCCCUCUUCUCUACAGCCCGGUCUUAUCCUUUCUGGACCGCCAGCCCAACGUUACAAAAAUCUUCUAUGUCAUUGGCACCGACGCAGGACUUAAUAUUACGCUCACAGCAGCUCACCUGAUCUUUGUCACAGACUGCACUGGCGGGCAGAGACGUGAGCCAGGGUGGGAGGAGACGCUUGAAGAGCCACGUUUGGGCUCCAUACCCAGGCCUAGCUGGGAAGCAGGUCUGAGGACAGUCUUUGCCAGCGAGGUCCAUCCAGGACAGUGCGUACUUACUCCACAAGGGAAGGUGAGGUCACAGACAACAUUUUCAGUUGUGACCUUUGUGGAGGAGCGGAGGAGCACCGGACUGUAUGCCCCCCUCACCCAGCAUGGCUCUGUAGUGGUGAACGGUGUGCUCGCAUCCUGCUAUGCUGCAGUGGACAAUCACCAUUUGGCCCACUGGGUCCUGGCUCCACUGAGGUUCUUCUACAGCCUGAUAGGCCCUUCAGAACCGCAGACUGACGGGCUGCACUGGUUUCCUUGGCUUCUACAGAAGCUAGGGCAAAUGCUGCUGGACGCUCGACACUUCCACCCUUGGGGGAUCGAGCAAGGACGCAGAUAGGAGCCACAGUGAUGUGUUUCACAGCGAUGACUUCAUUCAGUUAUCUUUAUUCGGGAGCACUAAAGCACAGAACACAGCUGUCUCUCUCAACAGAGGAAAGCGACUGUGGGACCACCAAAUACAACUGAUUUUACAGUGUAAAUGUAUUUUACACGAACUCUUCUCGCCUAUAUUUGUUGCUCCUUUUUUGUAGCGUGAGUUAAAUUGUGCGAGAGACAAAGAGAGGAGACUGAAACGAUUUGCUUUAGUCUAUUAACAAUUUCUAGAGACUGAGGUGUGCAAGAAAAUCAGCACGAGUGAAAGUCAAAGUAAAACUUUUAGCUUGACUACCAACAUAAAUACUGGUGUAAGUAUCACCCUCGGUUCAGUCCUCUCACCUUAGAGAUCACAAACAAAGACUGUGACUCAAAAUGAUUGCUUUUAUUAAAUCAAAAAAAAAGUGGCUAGAGGAGUAAGACAAUUGGGUUUCAUCAUUCCUUUGUUCUGUAUUUACUGUAAUCUGUGUCAACAUUCAUGCAUUCCAUUUGGAGAUCAAGCUGAUCCAGUUAGAAUACAUUUUGACAUUUGAGGAAAAAGGUGAAGCAUCAUGAAGAAAACUAGAGACUGAAGAAGGUAUGAGUUGAAGCUCUGUAUGUACAUAGGUAUUUAUAUGGUUAAGUAAUGUUAAGAAGGACAGAAUGACAACAAAUCAACUUUGCUCUGUGUACUGUCAAAAUCAUCACUGCAGUAAAUCCACUGAUUCUCCGUGUAGAGCCUAUACUGUAUAUCGGGCUUGAUGGUGGGGCACUGCAGCUUCACAUCUGAAAAAGGGCUUUGUUGGAAAACUAUUGAAUUGCAGGGAAUAAUGAUGGACAUGACAAUUGCAUUGCAGUGUUUUUAGCUCUUCCAAGUCUGCCAUUUGCUCUCAUCCAACUUGAUUGUCUCAGACUGAUUCAUAUGGUUCAUUUAUACAUUCCUUAUGUUUUUUAUCAGGUAUUUUGUGACAUGUUUUUCAUGGUUUCAGGUUUUCAGUUUUCAGGUCAGUAGUAUCUAGUUAAGGCAUACACAACACUCAGGCUGUAUUCAACUACUGUAUUAAGCAACAGCUAUGCAUCAUGAUAAAUAACAGUUAUCUUUAAUCUUGAAUAGUAAGAGUUUGUUUGAUAGCUCUCCUUUACAUUAUUCUUUUUUUUUUUGUAUUCCAUCUAUCACCCAAGACCUAGAUUGGCAGAGGUACAGAAAAUCUUUAACAUUAUGAUAAGUAGAUCUAAUUUUCUGAUAUGUGGCUGAAAGGAUAUGGAUUAGGGCUGAAUGAUAUGAAAGAAAAAAAAAUCAUAUUAUUUUGACAGAUUGCCAUUGGGAUAUGAAUCACAAUUAUAGCGGGGAAAAAAACACAAAAUGAUGAUAAUGUGAUUUUUGAUGGGGGUUUCUACCAAACAAUAAUGUUCCCUUAAAUCUGGAGAAUAUGAUUUGUUUGCAGGGGGAACCUCUGUAGCAGCACAAUCCUUCAUUUAUGGCAUGUUGUGACACAUUUACCUUUAUAAAAAAAUUGCAGCUCCUGCUAUUUUAAUAUUGCACUUGGCCAUAUUGCCAUUUUGAUAAUAUUUUGAUGAAUUGUUCAGCCCUAAUAUGGAUACGCAUGUAGCUCAUAUUGCCCAAGUGUCCUGUCAGGAAACACUUGUUGAGCAUGUUUUGUGAAGACUCAAACAUUGCAGUUAUCUAGGAACUCCAAGGCUUUUUUCGAUAUGCCUGCUCAAAGAUUUGUUAAAUAUGUAUAUUAAGCUAUUGUUGGAGAGACUAUUUAAAGAUCUAUUUUUUAGAAAAUAAUGUAAACUAUUAUUAUUUUUGGCAACUCUGUGUAUACAAUUUGUAUUUGUAACAUAAAGUUGUUGUUUUUAAACCAAAACCACUCUGUGCAUUAUUUGUUACCAAUAAUUAAAAAAAGAUCAUAUGCCAUACCAUUACUAAUUACUAAAGUGCUAAGAAAUAACCUGUACUCUACGUAAUAAAGUCCCUUUUUAUUUACAUCACGCUUCCUCAGAAUCACCAAUAACAACUGGGUUUCGAUCAUGUCAUCAAACCGCCCAUAGCCAGCGAUCACUGUCAAGUUUGACAUUAGCUGGCACAUUGUGAAUCCAGCAUGAAUAGCUGUGGUUACAGGGUGGGCUGCUGGUUGGUUUCAGUACCACGGACAGCAGCACUCAGCAACACUCCUCUUUCAUACUCUUGAUGCCUCAAAGUGUUUUCUUUUUUUCUAGGAUAGAGAGUAAGUCUUUGAACACAGCACACCCUGCUGGAACGAUCAGUAUUUGCAGAGAGGACAUGAUGGGAGCAAAACUGGAAGCUGGGAGAGGAAAUUUUCCAUUUCACAUGAUGACUGACCAAGAACAAUGAUCAGAACAAGAGCUACAAAAGAUCAGCAAGCACAAGGAGAUUCUAAGUCAUCUUUAUUAUUAUCGGUCAGUUAGGUACAGGAAAAACCUUUUUGUUGUAUCCCAUAGCUCAUCGCAGGAGACUGUACUGAUCCGUAAAGACAGAUAGAGAACCAGACCCAGGUAAAACACUCACCGAGUUACACAUGGAAUUUGAAAACAAACUGUGAUUGGUUUACCUGAAUGCGCAGGUGAUGUUCUCACAUGUGAGGCUGUUUUUUUUUUUUAAAAA